AAAAUAGAUUUAUUGAGAUUUAUUGAUUGAGUAUGUUGCUGAUUGGGACAACAGUUCUAUCAUAUUUCGUUUAUCCUUUUAAAAUUGAUAUAAUCUGUUUUGCUUAAUAUAUAAAACAAAGAUAGUAACAUAGUAAUUUGUGUAUGUUUUUAUUGUUGUUGCAGCUUCAAGUCCUUAAAAAAGAAAAGAAAGUAUCUACAGCUUAUUGAUCAAAGUGGUGACAAACUACAUUAGCCACUGUCGCUUACGCCAUUAAUACUUUCUCGGCCACAGUCGUUUUACGAUUUGUCAUAGGUUUGAAAACUGAUAAAGAUUCAUAUUAUUACUUCCAAACUAAACAAUUCAACAUCGUUUUUCCACCUUCAAUUGUUUUCUGCAACAAAAAAAUGGAAUCGUCGGGAAAAACAAUUUUUGGCACUAGGAAAACAUACUCAACUACCCCUCCGGUCGAUAGAGAUUUCAUAUCUCCAACAAAUGAAGACACUCCAGAAAUAUCAAGUAUGCACGUGGGUUCCUACAAUCUUCGUAUGGCAAUGGUGAUAGUGCUUCGCGCUAUCACCCUUCGCAGUCAAGGUAAAUUGUUCGAUUUUAAAAUUACCAUGGAAGACCCUAAUGCUGGCAAAUUUGAUGACGUGGUAAUUCGCUAUUCUUUGCCAUCGAACCCGGAAGAAUACGCUAAUGUUUACAUACAGGCCAAACAUAAGCAGACAUCUCAUCCCAAGCUAAAACCACCACUAAUUGCAGAAGAUUCUUUACUCACGAAAUCGAACUCCAAGUCCCCGUUUUCAAUUCCGAUGUACUUUGUUUCAUACCUACACGGAUAUGAUGAGUCUUUGAAGGGUUCCCAUACAUACAUUUUGUGCACCAACCGUUCCAUUGAUAAACGUCUUAAGGAAUAUUUCAAUGUACGGAAGCAUGCAACCGACCACAUGCUGUCAUUCUGCGACGACAUCGAAGGGACGUGUUAUAGUUUCAAUAGUAAACAUAGAUUUAUAGCUCUGGAAGCUGAGCUUAGAAUAGCUAGUGUAGAAAAAUUAGGACAGAUGAUCGCGUUACAUGUCAAAAAGGAGAAGCAAAUUGAUUCCAACAUUUAUAUAUUUAAAAUUUUCGGAAAUUUAAUUGCUGAAUGUGUAGAAAAACAUGAUUUAGGAACAUUUCAAUUCAAUGAAAGGUUUCGGAAUGCAGAUAAAACAACAAUCAUUGGUAAACUACGGAGUAGUUUUGAGCUGGAGUAUUUAAAACAAACAACAACAAAGGAAGUAAAGUGGAAAGAUGUCAGAAUUAUGAUCGAUCAAACAUUUAUCGAAUCCAUUGGGGCCAUAACACACCAAUCAAUAUCUGAAGAAAUCGAAUACUAUGAAGCAAUUGAUGUGGUUAUUCAGGAAUUUUAUGAUAAAUUCAUGUUAGUAUGUGGAUCUAUGAAUGAGACAGAGCUUUCGAAGAAGAUCUUUGAUAUAAUGCCGACAUGGGUAAGCAAUCCCAAAGGUACAUACAACGACCUGCACAGUAUGCUAUUUGAAAGUAUGGUCAAAAGAAAUAUUAAAACUUGGGUGGAUAUUAAACAACAAUUCAUUGAAACAAAUACAAAUGAAAUGUUUAACAAAGUUCAAACAUUUACAAACCAAUAUCUUAGUUCACUAUACAUAAAAUAUUAUUAUGUAAAUGUAAAGUCCACUUGUCUUCAAGAAACAGCAUUGAAUGAUUUUAUGAGAAGUACAUCAUUUGGUGAUGUUCAUCGGUAUCGUUGUUCAACAAAUUUGAAAUUGAAUUGUUUAAUUGUAUCCCAAACCUUAGCGUUGCAUCAGUAUCAAUGUCUGUUUGUGGACAGUUCGUUAUCUCACAUUAAAGAGAAUUUUUGUGAUGUGAUUUGUGAACUGGUCGAAUUCAUUGCUGCUGUUGAGCUAUCUGCUAUAUACAUUAUAACAAUCCUUGGUCAACAGGAAAACGUUAUCCUUAAAGCAAUUAAGAACUACGCAAAGACGUACAAGACGAAAAUAAUCAUAGUGGAAGAACCAAUGUACGAAGACCCGACCGAAGAUCGUUUAUUUGUUCGUGAUCUUACGGACGAAGCAAGGGAGCAACUAUUUGUGCAUAACUUGAAGCUUUCAGGAACGACAAUUGCGCUAAAAGGAAUUGUGCGAGGUGAUGAUAGUUUGUGCAUGUUAUUGAGUGUUUUAGAAAACUAUCACGCUACCAACAUGCCAUCAAAUGGAAAUUCAAAUCUAAACAACUUCGAAAAAAUUAAGCCGUGGUAUAUUCCACGUUCUUGUGUACCAUACUCUGAGGAUAAACAAGAUGUUGAACAGUAUUUAGUGGAGGAGGAAAUCACUACGGCAAUGGUACAACCAAUCAUUUCCCUGAAGAAUAUAAGGAGCCAUAUUCCAAUUGCUUUCAACCAUGAAGACAAUGUUAAAGUUCAUAUAUUUUUAGAUGAUGCCGGUUAUGGAAAAUCCACCUAUUUCACAUGGCUGGCAUCAGCGUUGUCGGAGGACAAUGCAUCAUUGUAUGUUAUUCGAAUGAACGCAUUACAAUAUGUCAAUGUUUUUGUUGAACUGCAUGCCUUUGAUCCUAAGACUCUUGAAGAUGUGGAUGUAAUCAGGAUCUUUUAUCGUCUUUUGCAUCUGACCCUGUUUGAAAGCAAUAUCAAUUUUCGAUCGACUAAUGAGUUAAAUGAUGAGAAGCAAAAAGGAGAUCGCAUCGCAAAACUGUUGAAAGUAUUAAAUAGAAAAAUCAUACUCGAUGACAAAUUGAUUAGUGUUUCAAAACUAGCAUUGGAAGAACUAAUACAGCUACGGGUGUUUCAAAGAAAGUUUAAUGAAAAUAAAUUUAUUUGUUUGCUGGAUGGCUUUGAUGAAAUAGCACCCCAUUAUAAGGAUUUUGUUAUGAAGUAUUUUGCAAAAUUGUCUACUUUCGAUGGUAUACGAAAACUAUUUAUCUCGACUAGACCAUACAAUUUUCGGGAUGUAUUGAAACACGUUUUCUCUGGUUGUAUGAUGUGGCGGCUUGAGCCGUUUUCUCAAAGAGAUCGAAUACAAUUUUUAAACAACUAUCUUCAGUAUGAAAUACAGAGUCACAAAUUUAGCAGCGAAAUCCAUCGAAUACAAAUUUUACAAACUGUGUAUUUGCUUGCAACUAACAGUAUACAAGAAUUAAAAAUCAUUCCCCUUUUUCUUCAUAUGGCCAUCACGAUUGCACUAUCGAGAAUAAGGGAUCUCUUAAGCGUUGAACGACUUGCAGUAUUUGUCGAUCUAUUUCAAGAAAUAAAGUUUGAUCAGUUACAAAUUGUAAGCAAUUUCUUAGAAGAAAAAUUGAGCAUAUUAAACAAUGAACAAUCAGGAACAAAGAGCUUUGCAUUUAAAACAACUAUUCAAAGAAAGAGGCAUGAUGAAGCUAAUAUACAAAUGAAAAGACGAUUUUCUUUGCUUGCCAUGUUGAACAUAUUCAAUAACGGAGUUGAAAUUAAGCUGUUGUCUGAUAAAGAGCAACAGGAAGCUGUAGAGUUCAUGCGAGAGAUAUCUCAGGGCAAUGAGAAGACUGGUAUCAUUCGAGAUAUUCGAGAUGAUGUUCCUCAUUUUAUUCACAGAAUAUUUGCUGAAUAUUUUGCGGCAACUUGGAUUUACGCAAAUAAACAUCUCCUGAAAAGUGAGAGCUUUUUCCGAUCCGUUGAAUAUUGGAAUGGAGCUUUGUACCGUACUCGGGAUUUUCUCAAUCGAAUGAUCAUUAGGGACAGUGAGCGAAGUGAUAUUUUUAUAGCUGUAAUCAAUCAAUCAGAACAACAGGUAAGAGAGAUACUAUCCAAGGAUUCCUCAGCUGCAUUCGUGAAGGAUGCCGCGGGUCGAUUACCGCUUCACGUAGCAGUAAUGUACCGAUCAGAAGAAAUUAAACAAUCGCUUUUAGACAAAAUGGAAUUUCAGUCAGUAAAUACAAAAGAUGAUCUUUUCCUUUGGACAGCUUUAGACUACACAUUUGCUAAGUUAAACAAAAAAACCAUUAGUAUUCUUUUAGCUGCUAGAGCAGUCGUGCAUAAGGAAACCAUACUCCAACAAAUAUUGUCAAACAACUUAAGAAAUAUGUUGAUCUUUGCUCAGAAUAUUGAAAUAUGGGCACAGUCCAAUGAUAAUUUGAAACAAAUUGCCCUCAGCCUGCUUUCUGAAGUAGUCGAAUAUUUGAUCAAUAAAAGUCAUACUGACAUCCUCCGUUAUCACAUGGAGUUGGACUUUUUGACAAUCUUAGAAUUCUGCUCCAAACGUAAUAUGAUCACAGUUUUCACACUAUUUCUAUCACGAAUGUACAGUCCAGGGAGGAUAUCAUUUCAAGAAAUCAAUCAAUUGUUACAAUUAUCUGUUGAGUAUGGGGCAUACGAUAUUUUUAAAUAUCUAACCGAUCAUAUUAAUAUGCUUUUUACCAAACUGGAGACUGAGGAAGUGCUUAUUUCUGCAGCAAAAUCUUCUAUCAAAGAAAAUCUCUGGUAUUUAUUUAAACAUAUAUUACAACAACUAUGCUUCCAAAGCAAGAUCGAUAUGAUUGACGAAAUAGCGAUUAUCACAGAUGAUUAUCAUCCAGAUGAUAGCAACAUACCAACGCUGGUUAAAAAACACUUUCCAAAGAGUUGUUGUGUAAGAAGCUCUGAGAACGUUCGAAUAUCGUUGCCCGAGUAUGAUGAGAAAGAUGUCCUGUAUGAAGGAUACCUUGUUGAAGCGCUUCUAGCUGAGGCAGUACAUGAGGGUAACUUGCCGAUGGUCAAAUAUAUUGUGCAGAAGACCAAAACGGCCAUUACCAACAGACUUAUUGUGAUGGUGAUGAGACUGUUACCAAAGGGAGAGGAGGUUUGUCAUGAGAAGUCGAUGUCUGCAUUCACAUAUCUUCUCGAAAGAACGACCGAUUUGGAUAGUGUCGACGAAGAUGGCCGUAACCUGCUUCAUAUGACGGCUCAAAAUGGUUGUUUCUUCAUGCUGCCUUGUUUGAUUGAUAAAGGAUUUGAUCCAAGUGGUGAAAAUACAAAAAAUGGUUGGAAUGUGUUUCAUUACGUUGCUUUCGAUCAGGAUGAGGAUCGUACUGGUAAAAUAUUGGAAUUCUUAAUGAUGAAAUGCGAUAUGAAUUGGUUUGAUGAUUUGGACAGUCUGGUUGAUUCACCUAUUCAGGCGCUUGAUGCAAUUACAAAUUAUAAUACACAGAAAGUAAAACAACUUAACAAACAAGAACAUGCUUGGUUGGCCAUGUUUGUAAUAUUGAGUAAACAGGAGUAUACAAAGCUGUUAUCGGGCCAGGAAGUACAGGAAGCUAUUGAAAUUAUGCAAGCAAUAACUCAGGGCAAUGUGAGGACUGUUAUCAUUCGUGAUGUUCGAGAUGAUGUGCCGCAGUUUACUCAUCGCAUAUUUGCUGAGUAUUUUGCGGCAUCUUGGAUUUACAACAAUAAACAUCUGAUGAGAAGUGAGAGCUUUUUCCGAUCGUGGGAAUAUUGGAAUGGUGAAUUGUGCCAAACUCGAGAUUUCCUCAAUCGAAUGAUCGUAAGGGACUGUGAGCGAAGUGAUAUUUUUAUGGCUGUAAUCAAUCAAUCGGAACACAAGGUUCGAGAAUUUCUUGCCAAAGAUCCCUCGGUUGCGUUCGUGAAGGAUGCCGCGGGUCGAUACCCGCUUCACAUAGCAGUGUUGUACGAGUCAUUGGAAAUAAAAAAAAUGCUUGUAGAAAAAAUGUCUCUUGACUCAAUAAACAACAAAGAUGAACUUUUUCAAUGGACCGCAUUGGACUAUGCGUUUGCAAUCGGAUGCAAAAUAUCAGUAAAACAUCUAUUAACUGCUAAAGCGACAGUGGAUGAAUACGUUUUAUUUCAACAGAUUAUUUCAAAUAGUCUCCGGGUAUUACUUUGCCUUGCACAGGAGUAUAGGAUAAACCUAAACUUUAACCAGCAUUUUAAUAUGAUUGCGAAUCGGCUGAGUAUUUGUUUGAUACAAUAUUUAUUGAACGAAAGAAAUCUUGAUGUGUUUUCUCGUCAAGAAGAACUUGAUUAUAUGACAGUCUUAGAGUUCUGCUCAAAGCGUAAUAUGAUCGGAUUAUUCGAACAAUUUGUAUACCAAUUGAACAUUCAGAAAAAACUGUCAUCUGAUCCUUCGAAUAAUCUUUUUCAUAUAGCAUCGAUUAAUAAAUCGCAUGACAUUGUAGCAUAUUUUGUAGACAUCCACAAUAGGCUUCUUCCACAAUUGAAAAGCGUUUUUGAACUCAUAUCUGCCUUAAAGUCUUGUAUCAAGCAUAAUCACAUGAAUUUAUUCAAAGAUCUGUUUCAACGACUGUUAAACUUCCAAAUCAACAUUCAUUUGGAUGAUGAUACAGAUAUUGUUAUAGAUGAUCAUGCUACUGGUAACUGUAAUCUAUCACCGCUGGACAAAGGUCACUAUCCAAAGAGUUGUUGUGUAAGGAGUUUUGAGAACGUUCGAAUAUCGUUGCCUGAGUAUGAUGAGAAAGAUAUUCUGCAUGAAGGAUACCUUGUUGAAGCUCUUCUAGCUGAAGCAGUACAUGAGGGUAACUUGCAGAUAGUCAAAUACAUUGUGCAGAAGACCAAAACGGCCAUUACCAACAGACUUAUUGUUAUGGUCAUGAGAUUACUGCCGAAGGGAGAGGAGGUUUGUCAUGAGAAGUCGAUGUCUGCAUUCACAUAUCUUCUCGAAAGAACGACCGAUUUGGAUAGUGUCGACGAAGAUGGCCGUAACCUGCUUCAUAUGACGGCUCAAAAUGGUUGUUUCUUCAUGCUGCCUUGUUUGAUUGAUAAAGGAUUUGAUCCAAGUGGCGAAAAUACAAGAAAUAGAUGGAAUGUGUUUCAUUACGUUGCUUUCGAUCAGGAUGAGGAUCGUACUGGUAAAAUAUUGGAAUUCUUAAUGAUGAAAUGCGAUAUGAAUUGGUUUGAUGAUUUGGAUAGUUUGGUUGGUUCGAAUCAUAAUUUUUCAAAUACGAUUACAAACCGAAUUUCCCAUGUUAUCGAAAGGCCUACUGUUAAUAAAAUUAUAACGUUUUUUGCAAAAAAACGCUUUUUUUUCAAUGCUAACUCAUAUCAUAUUCUGAAUGAGUCAGUUGAUAAUACACACGAUUUUAAUGAUUCGCUUUAUGCAAUUACAAAUCAAAGCACACACUUUGCAAAACAAUUUAAUAAACAACAGUUUGCUCUAUUAGGAAUGUUUGUUUUAUUCAGCAAACGGCAGUUAAGAAUAUUUUUGUCCGAUCGGGAAGUACAGGAAGCUUGGCAAUGCAUGCGAGAUAUAGCUCAAGGCAAUGCAAAAUCCUUCGCUAUACGAUAUGUUCGAGAUGAUGUGCCGCAGUUUACUCAUCGCAUAUUUGCUGAGUAUUUUGCGGCAUAUUGGAUUUACAACAAUAAACAUCUGUUGAGUAGUGAGAGUUUUUUCCGAUCGUGGGAAUAUUGGAUAGGCAGAAUGCAUCGAACUCGAGAUUUCCUCAAUCGAAUGAUCGUAAGGGACAGUGUGCGAAGUGAUAUUUUUAUGGCUGUAAUCAAUCAAUCAGAACACAAGGUUCGAGAGUUAAUUUUCAAGGAUCCUUCGGUUGCGUUCGUGAAGGAUGCCGCGGGUCGAUUACCGCUUCACAUAGCAAUGAUGUAUCCGUCACAAAACAUUAAAAAACUGCUUGUAGAAAAAAUGCCUAUUCACUCAAUAAAUACAAAUGAUGAUCUGUUCCAAUGGACCGCUUUGGACUAUGCAUUUGCAAUUCGUUACAAAAAUUCAGUAAAAACCCUAUUGACUUAUGGAGCAGUGGUGAAUGAGGAUAACCUACUACAACUUAUGUUGUCAAACAAACUAAGAACUUUGUUAGUUUCUGCAUAUUAUUAUGGAAAAUGGUUACUCUGUCAUGAACACUCCAUGAUGGUCGCAAAACGACUUUUUAUUCGAAUAGUAGAGUAUUUACCAUAUAAAAGAUAUCUGGACGUGUUUUCUCGUCAUAAAGAACUUGACUCUUUGACAGUCUUAGAGUUCUGCUCAAAGCGUAAUAUGAUCGGAUUAUUCGAACAAUUUGUAUACCAAUUGAACAUUCAGAAAAAACUGUCAUCUGAUCCUUCGAAUAAUCUUUUUCAUAUAGCAUCGAUUAAUAAAUCGCAUGACAUUGUAGCAUAUUUUGUAGACAUCCACAAUAGGCUUCUUCCACAAUUGAAAAGCGUUUUUGAACUCAUAUCUGCCUUAAAGUCUUGUAUCAAGCAUAAUCACAUGAAUUUAUUCAAAGAUCUGUUUCAACGACUGUUAAACUUCCAAAUCAACAUUCAUUUGGAUGAUGAUACAGAUAUUGUUAUAGAUGAUCAUGCUACUGGUAACUGUAAUCUAUCACCGCUGGACAAAGGUCACUAUCCAAAGAGUUGUUGUGUAAGGAGUUUUGAGAACGUUCGAAUAUCGUUGCCUGAGUAUGAUGAGAAAGAUAUCCUGCAUGAAGGAUACCUUGUUGAAGCUCUUCUAGCUGAAGCAGUACAUGAGGGUAACUUACAGAUAGUCAAAUACAUUGUGCAGAAAACCAACAUGGCCGUUACCAACAGACUUAUUGUUAUGGUCAUGAGAUUACUGCCGAAGGGAGAGGAGGUUUGUCAUGAGAAGUCGAUGUCUGCAUUCACAUAUCUUCUCGAAAGAACGACCGAUUUGGAUAGUGUCGACGAAGAUGGCCGUAACCUGCUUCAUAUGACGGCUCAAAAUGGUUGUUUCUUCAUGCUGCGUUGUUUGAUUGAUAAAGGAUUUGAUCCAAGAGGCGAAAAUACAAGAAAUAGAUGGAAUGUGUUUCAUUACGUUGCUUUCGAUCAGGAUGAGGAUCGUACUGGUAAAAUAUUGGAAUUCUUAAUGAUGAAAUGCGAUAUGAAUUGGUUUGAUGAUUUGGACAGUCUGGUUGAUUCACCUAUUCAGGCGCUUGAUGCAAUUACAAAUGAUAAUACACAGAAAGUAAAACAACUUAACAAACAAGAACAUGCUUGGUUGGCCAUGUUUGUAAUAUUGAGUAAACAGGAGUAUACAAAGCUGUUAUCGGGCCAGGAAGUACAGGAAGCUAUUGAAAUUAUGCAAGCAAUAACUCAGGGCAAUGUGAGGACUGUUAUCAUUCGUGAUGUUCGAGAUGAUGUGCCGCAGUUUACUCAUCGCAUAUUUGCUGAGUAUUUUGCGGCAUCUUGGAUUUACAACAAUAAACAUCUGUUGAGUAGUGAGAGUUUUUUCCGUUCGUGGGAAUAUUGGAUAAGCAGAAUGCAUCGAACUCGAGAUUUCCUCAAUCGAAUGAUCGUAAGGGACUGUGAGCGAAGUGAUAUUUUUAUGGCUGUAAUCAAUCAAUCGGAACACAAGGUUCGAGAGUUAAUUUUCAAGGAUCCUUCGAUUGCGUUCGUGAAGGACGGCAUUGGUCGAUUACCGCUUCACAUAGCAGUAUUGUACCCGUCACAAAACAUUACAAAAGUGCUAAUAGAAAAAUUGGAUUUUCAAUCAAUAAAUUGUAGAGAUGAACAGAUGAAGUGGACUGCUUUGGACUAUGCAUUUGCAAUACUUAACAUGACUACAGUAAAACAUAUGUUAACUGUUGGAGCAGUGGCGAAUAUGAACAAUCUGUUACAACAGAUAUCUUCAAAUAAGCUUAGCAAUUUGUUGGUUUCUACAAACUAUUAUGGAAAAUGGUUAAUUUCUCAUGAACAUUCCAUGAUGGUAGCAUAUCGACUUCAUAUUCGAAUAGUAGAAUAUUUACUCAAAGAAAGACAUCUGGACGUGUUUUCUCGCCAAGAAGAACUUGAUUAUUUGACAGUUUUAGAGUUCUGCUCAAAGCAUGAUAUGUUCGUAAUGUUUAAACAAUUUGUAUCCCAAUCAAACAUUCGAGAUGCUCUUUCAACUGAUGCUUGUGACCAAUUGUUUAAAAUAGCAUCGACGAAUAAAUCGCAUGACAUUGUAGCGUAUUUUGUAGACAUUCACAAUAGGCUUCUUCCACAAUUGAAAAGCGCUUUUGAACUCAUAUCUGCCUUAAAGUCUUGUAUCAAGCAUAAUCACAUGAAUUUAUUCAAAGAUCUGUUUCAACGACUGUUAAACUUCCAACUCAACAUUCAUUUGGAUGAUGAUACAGAUAUUGUUAUAGAUGAUCAUGCUACUGGUAACUGUAAUCUAUCACCGCUGGACAAAGGUCACUAUCCAAAGAGUUGUUGUGUAAGGAGUUUUGAGAACGUUCGAAUAUCGUUGCCUGAGUAUGAUGAGAAAGAUAUUCUGCAUGAAGGAUACCUUGUUGAAGCUCUUCUAGCUGAAGCAGUACAUGAGGGUAACUUACAGAUAGUCAAAUACAUUGUGCAGAAAACCAACAUGGCCGUUACCAACAGACUUAUUGUUAUGGUCAUGAGAUUACUGCCGAAGGGAGAGGAGGUUUGUCAUGAGAAGUCGAUGUCUGCAUUCACAUAUCUUCUCGAAAGAACGACUGAUUUGGAUAGUGUCGACGAAGAUGGCCGUAACCUGCUUCAUAUGACGGCUCAAAAUGGUUGUUUCUUCAUGCUGCCUUGUUUGAUUGAUAAAGGAUUUGAUCCAAGAGGCGAAAAUACAAAAAAUGGAUGGAAUGUGUUUCAUUACGUUGCUUUCGAUCAGGAUGAGGAUCGUACUGGUAGAAUAUUGGAAUUCUUAAUGAUGAAAUGCGAUAUGAAUUGGUUUGAUGAUUUGGACAGUCUGGUUGAUUCACCUAUUCAGGCGCUUGAUGCAAUUACAAAUUAUAAUACACAGAAAGUAAAACAACUUAACAAACAAGAACAUGCUUGGUUGGCCAUGUUUGUAAUAUUGAGUAAUCAGGAGUAUACAAAGCUGUUAUCGGGCCAGGAAGUACAGAAAGCUAUUGAAAUUAUGCAAGCAAUAACUCAGGGCAAGGUGAGGACUGUUAUCAUUCGUGAUGUUCGAGAUGAUGUGCCGCAGUUUACUCAUCGCAUAUUUGCUGAGUAUUUUGCGGCAUAUUGGAUUUACAACAAUAAACAUCUGAUGAGAAGUGAGAGUUUUUUCCGAUCGUGGGAAUAUUGGAUAAGCAGAAUGCAUCGAACUCGAGAUUUCCUCAAUCGAAUGAUCGUAAGGGACUGUGAGCGAAGUGAUAUUUUUAUGGCUGUAAUCAAUCAAUCGGAACAGAAGGUUCGAGAGUUAAUUUUCAAGGAUCCUUCGAUUGCGUUCGUGAAGGACGGCAUUGGUCGAUUACCGCUUCACAUAGCAGUGUUGUAUCCGUCACAACUCAUUACAAAUGUAAUAAUAGAAAAAAUGGAUUUUCAAUCAAUAAAUUGUAGAGAUGAACAGAUGAAGUGGACUGCUUUGGAAUAUGCGUUUGCAAUGUUUCACGUGACUACAGUAAAACAUUUAUUGACUAAUAAAGCGAUAGUGAAACAGGACGUUUUAUUGCAGCAAAUAUUCUCAAACCAUAUGGGUAUUUCUAUUUAUGUUGCACAUUAUUAUGGAAAAUGGUUAAAUGCUCAUGAUGAUUCCACGAUAAUCGCAGGUCGGCUAUACUUUUUUGAAGUGCAAUAUUUACUCAAAGAAAGACAUCUGGACGUGUUUUCUCGUCAUAAAGAACUUGACUCUUUGACAGUCUUAGAGUUCUGCUCAAAGCAUAAUAUGAUCGGAAUGUUCAAAGAAUUUGUAUCCCAAACAAAUAUUCGGGAUAACCUUUCAACUGAUGCUUGUACCCAAUUGUUAAAAAUAGCAUCGACGAACAAAGCAUUUGACAUUGUAGCAUAUUUCGUAGACAUCCACAAUAGACUUCUUCCACAAAUGAAGAGCGUUGUUGAACUCAUAUCUGCCUUAAAGUCUUGUAUCAAACAGAAUCACAUGAAUUUAUUCAAAGAUCUGUUUCAACGACUGUUAAACUUCCAACUCAACAUUCAUUUGGAUGAUGAUACAGAUAUUGUUAUAGAUGAUCAUGCUACUGGUAACUGUAAUCUAUCACCGCUGGACAAAGGUCACUAUCCAAAGAGUUGUUGUGUAAGGAGUUUUGAGAACGUUCGAAUAUCGUUGCCUGAGUAUGAUGAGAAAGAUAUCCUGCAUGAAGGAUACCUUGUUGAAGCUCUUCUAGCUGAAGCAGUACAUGAGGGUAACUUACAGAUAGUCAAAUACAUUGUGCAGAAAACCAACAUGGCCGUUACCAACAGACUUAUUGUUAUGGUCAUGAGAUUACUGCCGAAGGGAGAGGAGGUUUGUCAUGAGAAGUCGAUGUCUGCAUUCACAUAUCUUCUCGAAAGAACGACCGAUUUGGAUAGUGUCGACGAAGAUGGCCGUAACCUGCUUCAUAUGACGGCUCAAAAUGGUUGUUUCUUCAUGCUGUGUUGUUUGAUUGAUAAAGGAUUUGAUCCAAGAGGGGAAAAUACAAGAAUUGGUUGGAAUGUGUUUCAUUACGUUGCUUUCGAUCAGGAUGAGGAUCGUACUGGUAAAAUAUUGGAAUUCUUAAUGAUGAAAUGCGAUAUGAAUUGGUUUGAUGAUUUGGACAGUCUGGUUGAUUCACUUAUUCAGGCGCUUGAUGCAAUUACAAAUGAUAAUACACAGAAAGUAAAACAACUUAACAAACAAGAACAUGCUUGGUUGGCCAUGUUUGUAAUAUUGAGUAAUCAGGGGUAUACAAAGCUGUUAUCGGGCCAGGAAGUACAGGAAGCUAUUGAAAUUAUGCAAGCAAUAACUCAGGGCAAUGUGAGGACUGUUAUCAUUCGUGAUGUUCGAGAUGAUGUGCCGCAGUUUACUCAUCGCAUAUUUGCUGAGUAUUUUGCGGCAUAUUGGAUUUACAACAAUAAACAUCUGUUGAGUAGUGAGAGUUUUUUCCGAUCGUGGGAAUAUUGGAUAGGCAGAAUGCAUCGAACUCGAGAUUUCCUCAAUCGAAUGAUCGUAAGGGACAGUGUGCGAAGUGAUAUUUUUAUGGCUGUAAUCAAUCAAUCAGAACACAAGGUUCGAGAGUUAAUUUUCAAGGAUCCUUCGGUUGCGUUCGUGAAGGAUGCCGCGGGUCGAUUACCGCUUCACAUAGCAAUGAUGUAUCCGUCACAAAACAUUAAAAAACUGCUUGUAGAAAAAAUGCCUGUUCACUCAAUAAAUACAAAUGAUGAUCUGUUCCAAUGGACCGCUUUGGACUAUGCAUUUGCAAUUCGUUACAAAAAUUCAGUAAAAACCCUAUUGACUUAUGGAGCAGUGGUGAAUGAGGAUAACCUACUACAACUUAUGUUGUCAAACAAACUAAGAACUUUGUUAGUUUCUGCAUAUUAUUAUGGAAAAUGGUUACUCUGUCAUGAACACUCCAUGAUGGUCGUGGAUCGAUUACAUAUUCGAAUAGUAGAAUAUUUGCUCAAAGAAAGACAUCUGGACGUGUUUUCUCGUCAUAAAGAACUUGACUCUUUGACAGUCUUAGAGUUUUGCUCAAAGCAUGAUAUGGUCGGAAUGUUUAAACAAUUUGUAUCCCAAUCAAACAUUCGAGAUGCUCUUUCAACUGAUGCUUGUGACCAAUUGUUUAAAAUAGCAUCGACGAACAAAGCAUUUGCCAUUGUAGCAUAUUUCGUAGACAUCCACAAUAGGCUUCUUCCGCAAAUGAAGAGCGUUGUUGAACUCAUAUCUGCCUUAAAGUCUUGUAUCAAACAUAAUCACAUGAAUUUAUUCAAAGAUCUGUUUCAACGACUGUUAAACUUCCAACUCAACAUUCAUUUGGAUGAUGAUACAGAUAUUGUUAUAGAUGAUCAUGCUACUGGUAACUGUAAUCUAUCACCGCUGGACAAAGGUCACUAUCCAAAGAGUUGUUGUGUAAGGAGUUUUGAGAACGUUCGAAUAUCGUUGCCUGAGUAUGAUGAGAAAGAUAUUCUGCAUGAAGGAUACCUUGUUGAAGCUCUUCUAGCUGAAGCAGUACAUGAGGGUAACUUACAGAUAGUCAAAUAUAUUGUGCAGAAAACCAACAUGGCCAUUACCAACAGACUUAUUGUUAUGGUCAUGAGAUUACUGCCGAAGGGAGAGGAGGUUUGUCAUGAGAAGUCGAUGUCUGCAUUCACAUAUCUUCUCGAAAGAACGACCGAUUUGGAUAGUGUCGACGAAGAUGGCCGUAACCUGCUUCAUAUGACGGCUCAAAAUGGUUGUUUCUUCAUGCUGCCUUGUUUGAUUGAUAAAGGAUUUGAUCCAAGAGGCGAAAAUACAAAAAAUAGAUGGAAUGUGUUUCAUUACGUUGCUUUCGAUCAGGAUGAGGAUCGUACUGGUAAAAUAUUGGAAUUCUUAAUGAUGAAAUGCGAUAUGAAUUGGUUUGAUGAUUUGGACAGUCUGGUUGAUUCACCUAUUCAGGCGCUUGAUGCAAUUACAAAUGAUAAUACACAGAAAGUAAAACAACUUAACAAACAAGAACAUGCUUGGUUGGCCAUGUUUGUAAUAUUGAGUAAACAGGAGUAUACAAAGCUGUUAUCGGGCCAGGAAGUACAGGAAGCUAUUGAAAUUAUGCAAGCAAUAACUCAGGGCAAUGUGAGGACUGUUAUCAUUCGUGAUGUUCGAGAUGAUGUGCCGCAGUUUACUCAUCGCAUAUUUGCUGAGUAUUUUGCGGCAUCUUGGAUUUACAACAAUAAACAUCUGUUGAGUAGUGAGAGUUUUUUCCGUUCGUGGGAAUAUUGGAUAAGCAGAAUGCAUCGAACUCGAGAUUUCCUCAAUCGAAUGAUCGUAAGGGACUGUGAGCGAAGUGAUAUUUUUAUGGCUGUAAUCAAUCAAUCAGAACACAAGGUUCGAGAGUUAAUGUGCAAGGAUCCUUCGGCUGCGUUCGUGAAGGAUGACGUUGGUCGAUUACCGCUUCACAUAGCAGUGUUGUACGAGUCUUUGGAAAUAAGAAAAAUGCUUGUAGAAAAAAUGUCUCUUGACUCAAUAAACACCAAAGAUGAACUUUUUCAAUGGACCGCUUUGGACUACGCAUUUGCAAUUAGAUACACAACUGCAGUAAAAAAACUGCUUACUGCAGGAGCGACGGUUAAUGUGGAAGUUUUGUUCCAACAGUCUGAAUCAAGUAACCUCAAUAUUUUAUUGAGCCGUGCUCAUGACUGUGGAAUACAGUUAAACUCUCAUCGGGACUGCGAGAUUGUUGCGAAUCGAUUGCACGUGCGUGUAGUUGAAUAUUUACUCGAAGAAAUACAUCUUGACGUUCUAUCUCGCCAUGGGGAACUUGACUCUUUGACCGUCUUAGAGUUCUGCUCUAAGCGUAAUAUGAUUGGAAUAUUUGAAACAUUGGUAAAUACAAAGAAUGUACGGACAAAAUUUUCAACUGAUAUGUUUCAUCGGUUUUUGGAAUUAGCAAUCGAGAAUGAGGCACAUGAAGUUGUAGCUUUUUUGAAGGAUAAUAGCCUGAAUGGUUAAUGCUGCUUGCGUACUCGUUCGUGUGUCAAGCAAAUCGAUGGGAGAUUGAUGAUUCACAACACCGAUAAAAGAAAUCCGCAACAGCAUUCAUAUGAAUCUGUCGUUCGCUUAAUUGUGCAUGCCAUCUGAUAAAAAAUAUUACCGAUUCAGUAACAUAUUUGGUGUUUCGGUGAUAAACUAUCAUGUUUUUCAAAUUCAUUUGUGUGAUUCUGUGAACUGAGUUCGUCGCAUCCUAGAAUUUGAUUUUCCAGUAAUACCGAACCGUACUUACCAGGUGAAGGAGAAACCGCGGUUUAUUUUCCAAUUUAUUGUAAAACUGGUAGAGAGUUACUUUCUACAAAGUUUUGCUAUAUUUGUGGUAGUUUAUAAAUAUCUUUCCAGAAAAAGUCCAGAUUUUUUUUUUUGAUGUUUUCAUAUGACGUUAAACGCUGCGUGGAAUGUGCGUGGCCCUGCUAUGCAAACAAGUGGAAACUUUAAGAGGUCAAGUCUGAGGAGUAAUCGUCGAGUCUCUAAGACCACAUUCGCCUCUGAUCAACGGCCCUCAAACUCCACUCCCAAGUCCUGGGUGGCUUUACACAAAACAGUUUUUCAUGCCGCAGUUUAAAUUUUGGGCGUUUUUUUAGUAUUCAGCUCUUCAGUUGUGUUAUUUUUUAAAUUCAGUUUGUGCUCAAUAUUUUUGAAGUAGAAGUCCAAGUAGUACUUAAUAAACUAGUUAAAGAAUUGCAUAUUGUGUAUAUAUAUAAAAAAAAACUUUGGCACAUUUGACAGUCCAUACAUAGGUAUGACAGUAGCGUGCUCCAUUCAACAGUUGCUUCAUACUACUGUACCUGGUAGGCUGAACGUUGUUUUUUUAGUUGGUUUUAUUUUUACUACAUACGUACACAUUCGUAGUACGUACUUCUUCCUUAUAACGUUAUUUUGGUGCGAAGGUACUAUUAUCACUCUGUAAUUGACACCCAGCAAUUGUCACUUAAUAUGAUGGAAUUUAAUUAGUAAAUUUUAAAUAACAGUUCAGUGUUUAAAAUGUCAACCGAAUAAACAUAUUUCAAACGGGCUUUUAAA